CUGUCCUCUGGUGCCUCUUUCUGUGUAGUUCAGGCAGGCUCGAUCAAUCGAUUUAAUCAAACGAUUUCCAAGGCCUUGUAAUCAAAUACAGAAUAAUCAACUUUCCAAACAUGGCGAAUGACAAGGAUCCUUUUAAGCAGCUGAGAGACCUUGCAUCGCUGAAAGACCAACUUGAGGACAUCCAGCAACGCUUAGAGGAUGAAGUUCAAGUUGGAGUCCCUAAUGGAGGAAGUGUCCUUUCCUCUCCCUUUCUCAAGGGGUUCCUCGCUGGCUACGUGAUUGCGAAGCUGCGUUCCUCUGCCAUCCUUGGUGUAGCUCUGGGAACAUGCACGGGCAUUUUUGCUGCACAAAACUACAAAGUCCCCAAUAUUGAAACAACCCUAAAAUCCUACUUGAGCAUCUUCAAGAAAAAAUAAUGCCAUCCUCUCCAGCUGCUCUAGACUUGGGAAGUCAUGGAUAAGGGAUUGCUGACCAAGCCACACUAAGAUAUUUCCCAACCAUUGUUGUCUAUCUAUUUGCAUUUGCAGUGGCACUUUGAAAUGUACUGUCCAUUCUGGACCAUCAGAGAUUGCUCUGAUAUAUUAUUAUGGCUGUUACUACAGACUAUCCCUGCACUCUCCAGCCAAUAUUUGGUCCCUACCCCAUUAGUAUUGUUCUUUUGUCCGAUGCCAAUUUUGGAAUUCUCAUUUUGUCUGCCUUCAGUAUUUGACUGCAGAUUUGAGCUAGCACUGUAGACAGUAGUCAUAAAAUGAUAGCAAGACUUUGUUUUGCUAUUUCUAUGUAAUAGGCCAAUGAUUUUUUAAAGCAUAAUCUAAAGAUUUUAUUACAGGAAUUGAUCAAGCUGUAUGCUGCACAAAUGUUAGAAUCAACUAUAAUUAAGGAUGUUUCGGUACUGUUUUGAUGUGAUGUUGAAGUUGUAUAGGCCUACCCUGUGUGUUGGGUCACCAUCAUGUUUUUCACGACCUGAGUGAGGUUUGAUGCCAUUGAAAGACCUUUUGCUGGACAGACAUGCAAUACACUAUAACUGGCAAAUAUUAACUGCUGUGCAGUUUGCCUUUGACUCAAUGUGUACCAUUGUAAACAGCCUUAGAUAAAAAUGUAUUGUAUGUAUUUUUCUCUGAAGUUCUCCUUCAAGCUGGGUUGUGACAUUUACAUCAGGGAAAAUUAUUUUUUUUCUGUUGAUGAAGGGCUGCCUUUGUUUUGAGUUUAAACGCAUGCAUGUGGACAUUUUUUAUGUUACUUACAAUCUUACCUGGAAACUGGAACCAAUAUCUGUUUUGUGACUUUCCUAUAAAUACCGCCUGAAA